ACCCAGCAAAACGGCACAAAUAUUUCAUGCUGAGUGAGUGUCCCCACGAGCCAUUAUUAUGGGGCUGUUCGCGCACCUGCUCUUUGUACAAAAGCAGACCGGGAUUACGGAGCAGCAAUAACGGGAUGAGCCGAGGCUCGCCUCGCAGGAGCGCACAGUGCGGCUCUUCGCCUUUAAGGGGGAGGCCGCGGUGACGCGCGCCGUGUCCGCGCACUGACGGGGAUUAGCGCAGCCGCGCGACGCAGCCUCGCGACUCAGCCUCGCCUUCCGUCGGCAGCGCCGGAGACAGCAAACAAAGCGCCUCAGUCCGCCGGAGAGGAACGAGGGAGAAGCUGCGACGUCGCCAUGACCGAGGCGGCCAAGACGCACGUUAUCCUGCUGUCGUGCGGCAGCUUCAACCCCAUCACCAAGGGACACAUCCACAUGUUCGAAAAAGCCAGAGAAUAUCUGCACAAGACAGGAAGGUUCAUUGUAAUUGGUGGGAUCAUCUCCCCGGUCCAUGACUCCUAUGGAAAACCGGGUCUGGUGUCCAGCAAACAUCGGCUGGCCAUGUGUCAGUUAGCAGUUCAGUCCUCUGAGUGGAUAAGGGUAGACCCCUGGGAAUGCUACCAGGACACCUGGCAGACCACUUGCUCUGUGCUGGAACACCACCGUGACCUCAUGAAGAGGGUGACUGGAUGUAUUCUUUCCAAUGUCAACUCCCCGUCCACAACACCAGUGAUCGGUCAGCCACAGAACAACAACACCCCCAUCUACCAGAGUCCCGUCCCCAACAACAAGCCUACAGCCAUUAAGCUGUGGGGAAAGAUGAGCGACAGCCUUGGAAAAAUCUGCUGUGUCCGCCCGCACAUUGAGCGCUUUGCGUUUGUGGAUGAGAAUGCAAACUUGGGCACUGCAGUGCGUUAUGAAGAAAUUGAACUGCGCAUCCUGUUGCUGUGCGGAAGCGAUCUGCUGGAGUCUUUCUGCAUCCCCGGACUGUGGAACAUCACCGAUAUGGAGGUUAUUGUGGGCGACUUUGGCAUCGUUGUGGUACCCCGUGACGGCACUGACACCGAGCGAAUAAUCAACUAUUCCUCUGUGCUCCGCAAGUACAAGGAUAACAUCAUUGUGGUCAAAGAUGACAUCAACCACCCUAUGUCCAUUGUCAGUUCUACCAAGAGCAGGCUAGCUCUUCAGCAUGGGGACGGACAUGUGUUGGACUACCUUUGCCAGCCGGUCAUUGAUUACAUCCUUCAGAGUCAACUGUACAUCAACACUUCUGGAUAGAGCGCAGCUCCACGCCGAGCCCCGAGCCCCGAUCCCCACCCCGUCCCCUCGUGUACAAGCUGUAUCCGUUCAGUCCUCUGCUUUUCUGUGUGCGAGAGCAGUCAAUGUGUCCAUUCCUUCUAAGUGUAGCAUAAGGAUCCUGAGGAAGUAAAAGCCAGGAGUUUGUAGACCCCCCCGCCUCCCCAUCCAAUACGGUUUUUUUAAUGUGCCAAAAGGCCAGAAGCGAAUGCACAAAGUAGUCCGUCUGUAAGAGACAGAGCGGGGGCGCAGACGUCACCUUGGGUCUCCGUUCCUGAUUGUUUAAUCUCCUUCUACUGCAUGCUUUGAAGUAUUAUUUUGGCAUGUCUGUUUACUCGUACAGUAGAAUAUAGUUGGUAGUAAAUGUGUUAGCAUUAAACUGCUAGGAAACGAAGGUGUCUGUGCACAGAGAGAACCAUAUCUGUCUUUCGCAUGCCUGUCUUUCUCCAACAGAUUCAAGUCAACAUGUUCUGAGUUAGAGAAAGAGGAAGCGUCGUUUGUGACGCGUCCGAGACGGAAAAUACUUUUUGGAUGCGCAUUAGCACCGUGUCACACGCCACGUUAGUUCCCGACUUUCACACGAUUGUAAGAUUCUUCAUUACUUUUUGGUAAGAUGAGCUCCCAUUCCCCACACCUGUAUUUUUAAACUGAGUCGAACUUGAUUCAAAAGCUUUUCGAAUACGAAUGUUUCCAGCGAUCCCUCGUACCGUGACGGCUGUGGCAACGCGGAGCCUAUACUGGGAAGCCUAGGGAACGCAGGUCAUUUUGAAAUCAGCAAAAAAAAAAAAAAAAAAGAAGGAAAUCAAUGUACAGUUCAAAAAUCUUAUUUUCUGAGGAUUUUUUAAUGGACACUGAAAAGCGUGGAUAUUUGUGUGUCGCUUAAACGCCUGCCAUCGCUGUCCCCGCUUUCAUUUCGUGACUGACCUGACUGGACGGAUCUGUCCGUGAAGAGCAGCAUGGCCGUUUGCAGCACACGGUGUCUCAGUAGUAGCAGCGCAGCUCUGGGUGUGUACCUUUAUGUUCCUGUUUCGAAGUAAUGCUGAGAUGCUGAGUGGCGAAGCAAUCGUUGGAAACCCUGCCUGCUUUCUGAGAAAGGGAACACGAAUCUGGUGGAUACUUUGUUAUUUUCAGUGUAGUAGCUGUAGCACUCAUUCACUCGGUGGUGUAAACGCACGGGGAGCCCUAUCCCUGCGUGUGUGAGAGAGAGAGAGAGAGAGAGGAGAGGGAGAGUACAGCGGCAGCGGGCAGCCGUCACCUGCGAAGGCCAUCGGGAUCUGCUGGUUUUCGCUGAUUUAUUAAAGCCUUUGCUGAGGGAGAGAAUAUCAUCUGGCUCUUGCAGGCGUACAGCAUAUUAACAGCUGGCAGGAAUCUGUUCCGAACGGGGACAUUCCUGAGACCCUAAAAGGCCAAGGAGGUGUCAUUUCGCAUCCAGACAGCCAAAAACUACACAUCCUGUGAUCCUUGUAAGGAAUUACUGCCCACCUCCCGGUGCCCGUUCGUUCGUUCGUUCGUUCGUUCGUUCAGUUUUUUCUCCACACAUUCAACGUGCCACAUCCAAAGGUAAAUAUUUAUUCUAAAGGUUUCAGGCUGCUCAGUUUUGUCAAUGCAGAAUUGCGUCAUAAAUAAAGGGCAUUAAAAAAAAAUACAGGGCAUUUACUCUUGGAUGUAGAUGCUGUUUAGGUGAAAAAAAAAUGCAUCGAAAUGUUUUUUAUUUUCUUGCUGAAGUAGCAGAAGGAAAGGGAACCGAAUGUACGACCAAGUGGUUCCCAGUACCGGUCCAAGAAGGGGGCCCUGCCAUCCAGCAAGUGAAUUAAGUGUCGUCGCUCAAAUAAAAUACCCAGCUGUAUAAAAGGUUCAAGUGUAGGACUGUCAGGUAUGUAAGUAAUUUUGUACGUCACUGUCUGCUCUCACAGGAGACUGAGUAAUGAACAGAGAGGUUUAAAUUUACUUGUUUGGUGAAAAAGAACCAUUUCUGAACUCUGGAUUCCAAAGAACUAAUGGCAUAUAUUUUAGUACCACCGGUCCUACUAAUUUAGCAAAUUUAUUUUUUAACAGUGUGGCAUCUAAAGUUAUAUCGUCAGGUUUUCGGCCCAAGAAAUCUUUUGUAUAUCUUUUCAUCCUUUGUACUGUAUGUAUAUGGAGCAUGUGACCGGACAAUUAAUUGUAUUUGAAGUGGGAUUGUAUUGCUUUUUUAAAUCCAUUAAAUGUAACUUGCAAUAUUACAAAAAUAAAAAAUACAAAUACAUAUAUUAAAUUACAAUUACAAAA